GGGGAAACGAGGUGGGGGAGGGAAUUAAAAGGACGGAGCGGCCGGCGGAACAAGAGCUCUCCCUUCUCCAUUGGAAGCACAGUUCACUAUGAUCUUACUCGCCUUCAGCACUGCAAGCCGGGGGGAGUUCGUGCAUCAUUCCAGGGUGUUUUUCUUGCAAGCCUUGCUUUGGAUUUUAUGUGCUACUGGCUGCCGGGCGGAGCAGUAUUUCAAUGUAGAGGUGUGGUUACAAAAGUACGGCUAUCUUCCACCAACUGACCCUAGAAUGUCGGUGUUGCGUACUGCGGAGACAAUGAAAUCUGCAAUAGCUGCUAUGCAGCAGUUUUAUGGCAUUAACAUGACGGGAAAAGUGGACAAGAACACAAUUGAUGAUAUCACCUUGAGUUGGAUGAAAAAACCUCGUUGCGGUGUGCCCGACCAGACAAGAGGCAGCUCUAGAUUUAAUAUUCGUCGAAAACGAUAUGCAUUAACAGGACAGAAGUGGCAACAUAAACAUAUCACUUACAGCAUAAAGAACGUCACUCCAAAAGUAGGAGAUGCUGAAACCCGUAAAGCCAUUCGCCGUGCCUUUGAUGUGUGGCAGAAUGUAACCCCUCUGACAUUUGAGGAAGUUCCUUACAUUGAACUAGAGAAUGGCAAGAGGGAUGUGGAUAUUACAAUCAUUUUUGCAUCAGGUUUCCAUGGAGACAGCUCUCCCUUUGAUGGGGAGGGAGGAUUUUUGGCCCAUGCUUAUUUCCCCGGGCCAGGAAUUGGGGGAGACACACAUUUUGACUCAGAUGAACCAUGGACUUUGGGAAACCCUAAUCAUGAUGGCAAUGAUUUGUUUCUAGUUGCAGUUCAUGAAUUGGGACAUGCCCUAGGGUUGGAGCAUUCGAAUGACCCAACUGCCAUCAUGGCUCCAUUUUACCAGUACAUGGAAACUGACAACUUCAAACUUCCUAAUGAUGAUUUACAGGGAAUCCAAAAGAUAUAUGGUCCUCCUGACAAAAUUCCACCACCAACAAAACCUCUGCCAACAGUGCCCCCACAUCGUUCUGUUCCUCCAGCAGAUCCAAGAAAAAAUGACAGGCAACCUAAACCUCCCCGGCCGCCCACAGGAGACAAGCCUUCCUACCCUGGAGCCAAGCCCAACAUCUGUGAUGGGAAUUUUAACACUCUAGCAAUUCUUCGCCGGGAAAUGUUUGUGUUCAAGGAUCAGUGGUUUUGGCGUGUCAGAAAUAACCGUGUGAUGGAUGGAUACCCAAUGCAGAUUACAUAUUUCUGGAGAGGACUGCCUCCAAGUAUUGAUGCAGUUUAUGAAAACAGUGAUGGAAAUUUUGUUUUCUUUAAAGGUAAUAAAUUCUGGGUCUUCAAGGAUACCACUCUCCAACCAGGCUAUCCUCAUGAUUUGGUAACAUUGGGCAGUGGGAUUCCACCCCAUGGUAUUGAUUCAGCAAUUUGGUGGGAAGAUGUUGGGAAAACUUACUUCUUCAAAGGAGACAGGUACUGGAGAUAUAGUGAAGAUAUGAGAACUAUGGAUCCUGGCUAUCCGAAACCAAUCACUAUCUGGAAAGGUAUCCCAGAAUCUCCUCAGGGAGCCUUUGUCCACAAAGAAAAUGGCUUCACAUAUUUCUACAAAGGCAAGGAAUACUGGAAAUUCAAUAACCAGGUGCUCAGAGUAGAAUCUGGCUAUCCCAGAUCCAUCCUCAAGGACUUUAUGGGUUGUGAUGGACCAGCAGACCGGGACAAAGACCGACACAGCCCUCAAGAUGACGUAGACAUUGUCAUCAAACUGGACAACACAGCCAGCACUGUGAAAGCCAUAGCCAUUGUCAUUCCUUGCAUUCUGGCCUUGUGCCUCCUUGUCUUGGUUUACACUGUGUUCCAAUUCAAGAGGAAAGGAACACCCCGUCACAUACUGUACUGCAAACGCUCUAUGCAAGAAUGGGUGUGAUGUAGGGGUAUUUUUUUUCUCUCCCAGGAGUUUGUGGUAACUUGAGAUUCAACACAAGAGCUGUUAUGUGGUUUCCUAGCUAGGACCAGGCAUCUGUUCGCCUCGACCAGGGCUGAUCUUUAAAACCCAGGGGGGGCUGCCUGCCCUGCACAUGAGUGAGAGUUCACUCCAGUGGGAAGCUUCCAUCAUACACAGUAUCUGCCGUUCCUCCAGUCCUUUGUCUUUCUUUGUCAUUCGGUUCUAGCCUUUCCUCUGCACGCUCGAUACCCAAUGCAAACUAUCAGGAUUUUCACUAAAGAAGAGGAAAUAUAACAACAUGAAGAGAGGAAUUUCCAGUGUCUCUUGGGGAGGGGGGUGUCUCCUUAAAGCCUGCUCCCCUUUGACAGAGUUUUGUGUGAGGUUUGAAAAAAAAAGGAAAAAAAAGUGUAAUCUUUUUCUUAAAAAAUACAGUAACUAUAACACAACAAUCACAAUGGAACUUUUCAGGAGGUGUGAAGACCCAAAACAGCUUUGUCUCCAAAGAGGAUUGCUUUCUGUCAGCUGUGGAUAUAAUCCUAUACUCCUACAGAUAAUUUUUUUUCUUUUUGUCAAGUGGGAGACAAGGGUGACACACAGGAUUUCAGACUGUUUGGACAGCCAUUUUCCAACAAACAAGGGGCCAAAAUAUCUGCAAUAUAGUAACAGCCUUAAUGAUACAUUCAUUUUGUGUUUUAUACAGCUGUUCUGAGCUACGUUCUCAAUGUUUUAACACAUUUAUAUUCAUUACUAUAUUCAGAUAGUAUCUUUUUAUUGAUUGGUGGGUUUUUUUGCUUAUUUCCUGUCUCAUCCUUUUUAGUUCUCCCCUCUCUCCCCAAGCUAUACCAGGCCAAUAGCCCCAGACCUUCUAUAGGUCUGUCAGAACCAUUUAUUAUAAAACCAGAGCAGAAAGCACCAAGAGUUUGAAGUAGGUUUCAGUGAACUAAAGCGAUAAUGUUACAGAGAAGCAUAAUGCUAAUGUUGGGUUAAUGUAACAGGUGACCCUUUGAGAACUAUAGGAUCAGUU